AUGACAAUUAAAGGUCGAUUAGUGAAUUGUUUUCGUUCCAUUGUACCAAGUAAGCGGACGAAAAACAAUGAACAAGGUGGCAACACUUUUGAAAAUUUAAAAAAAGAAGUUAGCAUCGAUGAACAUAAAAUACCACUAGAUGAACUUAUUGAACGUUAUCAAGCAAAUGUAGAACAGGGCCAUACCACUGCAAGAGCGCGAGAAUUCUUAGAAACAAAUGGGCCAAAUUCAUUGACACCACCACAUGAAGUACCUCAAUGGGUGAAAUUUGUUAAACUACUUUUCGGUGGAUUUUCCGGUUUACUUUGGGUUGCUGCUGUACUUUGUUUGGCUGCUUAUGCAGCUCAAGUCGGCUCAGAUCCAACAACGCCAAAAGAUAAUUUAUGGCUAGGCAUUGCAUUAAUAGUAGUCGUUGUUAUCACGGCCGUAUUUGCUUAUUAUCAAGAAACAAAAGCAGGCAAAAUUAUGGAAUCAUUUAAAAAAAUGGUUCCGCAACAAGCUGUUGUUAUGCGUGACGGUCAGAAACUGGAAAUAGCUGCUGAAGAAUUAGUUGUCGGCGACAUUGUUUUUAUUAAAAUUGGAGAUAAAACACCAGCUGAUAUUCGAGUGUUAUCAUCUCAAAGUUUUAAAGUUGAUAAUUCGUCACUAACAGGCGAAAGUGAGCCUUUAUCUCGAUCACCUGAUUGUACUCAUGAUAAUCCACUUGAAACAAAGAAUCUUGCUUUUUUUAGUACUUUUGCUGUUGAAGGUUCAUGCACUGGUAUGGUUAUUCGAACAGGUGACAAUACUGUCAUGGGAAGAAUAGCUGCAUUAGCAAGUGGCCUUGGUAAUGAGAUAUCACCGUUAAAUGUUGAAAUUAAUCAUUUCGUUCAUAUUGUCACAGCUGUUGCUGUUAGUUUCGGUGCCAUUUUUCUUGUAAUUCUUCUUGCUCUUGGUACUGGUAUUUUGCAAGCAUUGGUUUUUGUUAUUGGUAUCAUUGUAUCAAAUGUACCGGAAGGUCUUUUAGCAACGAUAACUGUCAUGUUGGCAUUAACAGCUCAACGUAUGGCAAAAAAGAAAUGUUUAGUUAAAAACUUAACGGCUGUCGAAGCACUUGGUAGUGUAUCAACCAUAUGUUCAGACAAAACUGGUACAUUGACACAAAAUCGUAUGACGGUUGCACAUUUAUGGUUUGAUAAUUCAACUGUUAGCGUUAGUUUAUCACAUACACAUGAUGCUGAAUUAAUUUUUGAAACUCCAGUUAAAGAUCAUGUAACAGGCGCCGACACAACAAAAGUUGAUUUUGAGCGUCCUGGUUAUAAAGCACUUUUACGAUGUGGUAUGCUAUGUGCUAAAGCUGUGUUUAAACCCGAUGAAGAAAAUAUGAGUAAACCACCAUUACAAAGAAAAGUUAAUGGUGAUGCCAGUGAAACAGCCAUACUUCAAUAUUCUGAAAUUGUUGCUGGCAAAGUGGAAGAAUAUCGUGCGAAAAAUAAACGUGUUUGUGAUAUUCCAUUUAAUAGUGCAAAUAAAUAUCAAGUAUCUGUACAUGAAACUGAUGAUGAUGAUCAACGACAUUUAGUUGUGAUGAAAGGUGCACCUGAACGAAUACUAGAACGAUGUCAAACAAUCUUUAUUAAUAACCAUGAAUAUCCUUUAGACGAUGAAUGGACACGGAAAUUUAAUGAUGCUUAUAUGCAAUUAGGAGGUUUAGGUGAACGUGUUCUUGGCUUUUGUGAUAUGCGUUUACCAUUAGGAACUUUUCCUAGAGGAUUUAAUUUCGAUCCAGAUAAUGUAAAUUUUCCAUUGCAAAACUUGAGAUUUUUGGGGUUUGUUACUUUGAUCGAUCCACCGCGGCCAGGUGUUGCUGAUGCUGUCGCAAAAUGCCGUACAGCUGGUAUUAAAGUUAUUAUGGUUACUGGUGAUCAUCCAAUUACUGCUAAAGCUAUAGCAAAAAGUGUUGGUAUUAUUACAUCGGAUACAGCGCAAGAUCUAGCUGAGCGCUUAAAUAUAUCUCCAAAUUUUGUUGAUUCAAGAGAUGUACGUGCCAUCGUUGUGUCUGGUGCUGAGCUAGCAGAAUUAUCCUCUCAUCAAUUAGAUGAAGUAUUAACACUUCAUCGUGAAAUUGUAUUUGCUCGAACGUCUCCUCAACAAAAAUUGAUUAUUGUCGAAGGUUGUCAAAGGCAAGGCUGGAUUGUGGGUGUAACAGGGGAUGGUGUCAAUGAUUCACCGGCUUUAAAAAAGGCUGACAUUGGAAUAUCAAUGGGUAUAACUGGCUCUGAUGUAAGCAAGCAAGUUGCCGACAUGAUAUUACUUGAUGAUAAUUUUGCAACUAUUGUUAGUGGAAUCGAAGAGGGUCGACUUAUAUUUGAUAAUUUAAAAAAAGUGAUUGCUUACACAUUCACUAAAAAUUUGGUCGAAUUAUUACCGUUUCUUCUUUAUGUUGUUGCUGAUGUUCCACUUGCAUUGAGUACUAUUACUAUUUUAUGUAUUGAUUUAGGUACUGAUAUAGUUCCAAGUAUCUCAUAUGCAUACGAAAAAAUUGAGGCUGAUAUUUUAAAACGACCACCGCGUAAGAAAACAGAUAAAAUGGUAACAAGUCAAAUGGUUACACUUUGUUAUGGGCAAGUAGCCAUGCUUGAGGCAAGUGGCGCAUUUUUUGCUUAUACAGUUGUCAUGGCUGAGAAUGGGUUUUGGCCAUCGAGACUUAUUGGUUUACGCGAAGCCUGGGAAUCAAAAUCAGUUAAUGAUCUUCGAGAUAGUUAUGGUCAAGAAUGGACAUAUGAACAAAGACAUAAUCUUGAUUUAGCUGCACAGACAGCUUAUUUUAUUGGUGUCGUUAUUUUACAAUUUGCUAAUUUAUAUGGUAACAAAACGAGUCGUCGAUCUGUAUUUCAACAGGGAAUAUUUGGUAAUAGGUUUAUGGUAUUCGCCGUGGUAUUUACUAUUGGCCUAGCGUGUUUUCUUCUUUAUGUUCCAACACUUGAUCGAGCGCUUAAUCUUGCUCCAAAUCGAUUUCUUUGGUGGUUACCAGCCAUACCAUUUUUCUUGUAUUUAUUUGCAUUCAAUGAAGCACGAAAGUUUUUUAUUCGAAAAUAUCCCGGUCGAUUUCCAGCGCGUCAACUUACUUAUUAA